AUGUUCGUACACUUAGGUUCUGCAGGAGUUACCCGACCUGACAGGCCUGGACUUGAUCUAAGUAAACAACCUCCUGCUGUUCGCUUAAACAAGGAAUUGGAUUUUAUCCUGACAUUCAAGUUGAAGGGGGAGGAUUUAAUACGGGAAAGUGGAAUACCAUAUACAAUUGUGAGGCCUUGUGCAUUAACUGAGGAGCCUGCCGGAGCAGAUCUCAUCUUUUACCGAGACAAUGUAACAGGUAAGAUAUCAAGAGAGGAGGUUGCUCAGAUUUGUGUUGCUGCAUUGGAAAGCCCCUAUGCAUUUCCAAAUAGUAACAUUGUAGCAAGUACUCGGUGGCUACAAUUCAAUUAA